GAAAAAGCCGCGCGCACAUGCUGCUGCGACACGCCCCCGCGCUGCUCGCAUUGCCUGCGCUGCCCGCACCGCAGUCAUGGUACCCGGGCCACAUGACCCAGUUCGCGCGCGCGCUGCCCGCGCUCCUGCGCCGCACGGACGUCGUGCUCGAGCUCCGCGACGCGCGCCUCCCGCUCACGAGCAUCAACCCCUCCUUCGAAGGAGCCCUGCAAAAGUGGCGGCAGGAACGCGGGCACGUCAGCGGCGCCGCAGGGGCUGCUGCUGCCCCGGCCGCGUCGUCGGGGCCGCAGCAGUACGCCGCCAUCUGCGAACGGAUCGUCGUCUUCAGCAAGCGCGACCUCGUCGCACAGUGGGGCAUAGAGCCUUUCCGCAGGGCCAUGUCUGCCAAGUACCCGGACCAGAAAUCCUUUUUCGCGGCGUGGAACCGCCAGGGCGACAUCCGGGCACUGAACGAUCUGCUCGUUGACAUCGCAAAACAGAACCCGCAUCUGCCGGAGAUGAACGUUUUGGUCGUCGGCAUGCCCAACGUGGGCAAGUCGACACUGCUCAACGCCUUGCGGAGCAAUGGCAUCGAGGGGCCCACAGCGAAGGCCCUGCGCACGUCCGCGCAGCCCGGACUGACACGCGCCAUCUCCACGCGGCUGAAGCUGUCCGUCGACCCCCUCGUCUACUCGUACGACUCGCCGGGGGUCAUGCUCCCCUUCCUCGGGCGCGGCGACCGUGGCGCGGAACGCGGCGUCAAGCUCGCCCUCAUCGGUAAGCAUUCAACUGCCAAUGCGCUCCGUGUUCUGCGAACAGCACCACUGACAUGUUGCCCCCCCUCGUCCAUCCGUCCGUCCCAACCCUGUGCGCGGACAGCCGGCAUCAAGGAAGGCCUGUACGACCUCGAGGCUCUCGCGGCCUACCUGCUCUACCGCAUGAACAUCCUCGACCCUACCUCACCGGCAUACCUGGCAGUGCUCCCGCCUGGGACGCCGCCGACGGCCGACGUCGCCGAGUUCCUCGACACGCUCGCCCGCCGACUCGGCAUGCUCAGGCGCGGGGGCGCCACGGACCACGCACGCGCCGCCGCAUGGUUCGUGCGCUGGUGGCGCGAGCACGGGAGCGUCCUCGCAGCGGCGGCGCCGCCACCGCCACUGCCCGCGGUCCCUGACCCGUCUGACACGUCUGACGCAUCAUCCGGCGCGUCCGCCCCUGCGGUGCAGCAGCAGCGGCGCGGCUGGGGCUUCGACUUUGAGUGGUCCGUCGGCGCGGCGGGGCUCGGCGCGGACGGCGUGCAACGGGAGAUGGAGGCGUGCAUCGACGCGUUCGAGGCGGAGGCGCGCGAGGAGGCGGCCGAGGGCGGUGAGGUGAGUGUGACGCAGGAGAGGAAGAAGCAGAGGGAGGGGCUCCUUGCGAGGCGCGCGGCGAGGCUCAAGGCGAAGGCGCCUGCGAGGCGGAGCGGCCGGUAG